AUGGCGCGCCAAAGCAGUUUGCCAUUUCCGCUGCGUAAAUCUUCUCCCACUCCUCGGCCACCGAAGCGAAAACUCGACGUUAGAGAUGCCGUGGAUGAAUUUGAAUUCAACCAGGAAGACUUACCGCCAGCCUACAUCCUCUCCGACAGUUCUGACGAGCUCGACGACGAUCAAGACGACCGCGACGACGAAGAGACAGAUGAGCCAAAUGAGGAGCAGGAUGAGAUUAGAAGGUUGAGAACUCGCCUAGCCAGUACUUCUCUCUCAGGUACUCCUACCGGUUAUCAACGCCUGGCUUCUGCAACUACCGCAAGUGGCCUGGAAGUACGUCCAGGCAUGAACGUGGAAUUGCAGGACGCGGACUUUCUCCGUAUCCACGAUAUUCUUCAGGAUGUAUAUGGGAAGAUCAUCGUCAGAGGCAUGCUCUUGCGCCGGACAAGGUGGAUGAACAACUGGUUGCCGAAGAAAUUGAACGAGCUUUGUGCUCAGUUCGAGAUCGAAUGCGAUGACAUCAAUGAUUUGAGCGACAGCAUGCUCGUCAUUCGCCCACUGGAUCUGGUCAUCCAAGCUCGCAAAAUUGUGUUUACCAACAAAGACUUCCCAGCGCAUAGCUACCGCGACUUCCUAGUGCACGGCUACCGGGAAUAUGCUAACGACCUCGAGCGGGAGGACAGAGCCGUACUAGUCUGUCGAUGGAAGUUGGUCGUGCUCAAACGCGAUCGCAAGGGGAGAGUGCCUUCAGCCAGGCUGACGCUUCUCGGCGAGCAUGAGAGUGAUGCAGACGCCAAAAUUUCCGACGAGGCAAAGAGGUGUCGAUUUGGUCGGCAUGCAGAUAAGGUGCCGGAAGUCGACCUUACCAAUGAGAUCUGCUAUCGUCCAAACAAAAAGUCGCGUGGUCCGAUCCGUACCGGUGGCUCUCCUGUCCAUACCGUUGGCUCGUCACCAGAUGAAUACACCUACGGUGACUUCUUUGCGGGUGCUGGAGGAUGCAGCCGUGGCGCUGCGCUCGCAGGCUUGCGUGUCAACUUCGUUGUGGACCAUGAUGGCGAUGCGUGUCGCACACUGGAAGAGAACUUCCCCGAGGCUAAGGUUAUGAAGGAAGAAAUCUUCACUUUCCUCGCAAUGACGGAGCCACAACCGUUCAUGCACGUGGAUGUCCUGCACAUAUCUCCACCCUGUCAGCCUCACUCGGCAGCACAUACGGUCGAUGGCAAAAAUGACGCGGCAAACAUCGCCGCAGGAUACGUGGUACUCGACGCCGUCAAGAAAUGCAGACCCAGGAUCGUUACCGUGGAGCAAACAGAAGGCAUAUUCUCACGCCACCAUGACAGGUGGGCAAAUCUGAUCCACCAGUUCACUUGGGCUGGAUACAGCAUUAGCUGGAGAGUCUCGUGCUUUAACGAAUGGGACUACGUACAUAAGAGGAAGAGGUUACUACUGAUGGCAGCAUGGUGAGAAGAAUAUCCCUGCCUCGUCAAUCCUGGAACUUUCUAACAUAUUCACAGCCCAGGCCAGCCUCUACCACGCUCUCCAGAGCCCACACAUGGCCCAGGACUCAAGCCCUACGUCACGGUUGCGGAUCGCCUAAACCUGCUCCCACCUGCCCGCAGGAUUCCCGCGCACAUGCUAAAAUACGGCAAGGGAAAGGGAGGCGGCCCAUAUGACCCAAACAAGCCCCUCAAAGCUUGCAUCACGACGUCGGGCGGCGAUGGGAACACGCAUCCAGGUGGCGGUGGUAGUUUCAACGGCGCCGAGCUCGCUGUGUUGGCAGGCUUUCCUCCAUGGCCACACCACAAGUUUGCCCCAGCAUGCAUGACCUCCAUCUUCAGACAGUGUGGCAAUGCCGUUGCCUCAACGGUGAUGAAGCUCCAUUUCAAAGAGUGUUUGAAGACUUUGAAGAAGACGGACGGUAUCGAGGAGACUGAGGCACAAAGCGUUGAGGAUGGAGAAGUUAUUGUCUUGGAUGACGAUAGAGAGGUCAUUGUCCUGGAUGACGAGGAUGGCAAGACUGCAGAUACUGCUUGGGUCGUUGAUUGA